AUGAACACAUCACAAGCACCUAAUGCCGUGGUACAGACGCCAGGAUUUGCACACUACUCAAUUGCUUGGUCACCAUUUCACAAUCACCGGUUGGCCGUAGCUUCGGCAGCAAAUUUUGGGCUGGUGGGUAAUGGAAGGCUUCACACAGUCUCACUCGUUCCAGGCCCAAGGGGAACCUAUGGAGUGAAGGUUGAUAAGUUUUUCGAGACCCAGGACGCCCUUUAUGACGUUGCCUGGUCAGAGACCCACGAAAACCAGUUGGUAGGAUGUUCAGGAGACGGUUCUAUUAAGAUGUGGGAUAUUACGCUGAAUGAUUUUCCCAUCCGAUCGUGGCACGAGCAUACCCGGGAGGUAUUCUCUGUGGAUUGGUCCAACAUUAGGAAGGACACGUUUCUAUCGUCCUCGUGGGAUGGUAGCGUGAAACUCUGGACUCCUGACCGGCCUCGGUCGGUGACAACACUUCAGGCACACCUAUCAUGUAUAUUUGACUUGCGGAACCCUGCCUACGCUUCUGGCCCAUCCUCGAAUGCUUUCACCAAUCCUGUGUCCGCUGCAGUAUUGACCAUUCCAGCUUCAGUCACUGAGCUUCUCUCUUUGGAUUGGAACAAAUACCGACCGUUCCUCAUUGCUAGUGGUGGAGUGGAUAAGUUGAUCAAGUCGUGGGAUUGUCGAAUGGUGGUCAACGCUCCGUCGUCAAGCGAGGCUGUUGGUGGAUUGUGCGAACACCAGGUACCCGGACAUGAAUAUGCUAUUCGGAAAGUACAGUGGAGUCCUCAUAGGGCAGAUGUGCUGGCUACAGCGAGCUAUGAUAUGACAUGUAGAAUCUGGUCGAUGAAUCCACAGCCCGGGGGAGCGCAUCUCUUGAAUAUUCAUGACUCCCAUACGGAGUUCGUGGCGGGAUGCAGCUGGUCGUUAUUUGACGAAGGCUUGGUAGCGAGCUGCGGGUGGGACGGUCAUCGGCACCGCAUGCCGGCUUCGAAGACCCAAGAUGACCCAGAGGAUAUCCUGUCUAGUUCCCUUCAGACCCUCUAUGACUUAACUCCAAUCACACACUCCACUCCUGGCUCAAUAUUCACAUACACCGUUAAACCUGCCUUGCUUCCGGAUCAGAAUCCAGCGAGGGUCAUAGAGUUGGAAACCCCUGACCCUCAACCUUCCAAAUGGGACCUUCACGCAUCAUCCAUCUGGGUCGCUGCCAUCUACUUGGCAGACCACUUCGAGGAUUUGGAGUUGCACCGAUUUCGAGAUCGGGGGGUUAUUCGCGUUCUCGAGCUUGGUGCCGGUGCAGGCCUCCCGUCUAUCCUCAUCGCGAGUGUAUAUCAAAAUGUUCGUGUUACAGUCAGCGAUUAUCCUGACGAGCACUUGAUUCGGACGUUGUCCGAGAAUAUUUUACGGAACAACGUUUCGGGUAUCGCUCGUGCUGUCCCAUAUGAUUGGGGUACGGACAUUUCUGCCCUCGUCUACGCCCAUGAAUGUCAGGAGACCCCCGGGAACGAUGAAAUUCUGUUUGACGUGAUUGUCGCUGCAGACACGCUGUGGAAUCCCACGCUCCACAAGCAAUUCAUCCAGAGUCUAGUCAUGUCCCUGAAGCGCUCUCCGGAUUCGCGUGUCUACCUAGUAGCAGGAUUGCACACGGGAAGGUACACGAUCCAAGCGUUUCUGAAGUCGAUAGGGAUAGACGGAUGUGGCUUAGCAGUCGAGAGUCUGUCGGAGAGGCAAGUUACAGCAGCGCAAACUUUCAGGUCAUGGGAUGUAGCAAGAGCAGAAGAUGAGGAUGAACGGGAGAGGCGUCGGUGGGUCGUAUGGGUAGUGCUGAAAUGGGGAGAGCAUAGCACUACGUAA